UGACCCCCAGCCAUCCUCAGCAUUUCUUUCGUGAACAUAUAUUUUACUCUCUAUUCUCAAAAUCCUAAAUGGAUUUCAGAAACGGUUGACUCACGUUUUCAUUGCUCCGCCGACCCAGAAGACAAAUUAAGCUGACAAACAACCGCCUUUCAACCUCUUUCUUUACAAAAUAUCUCCUUUUAUAUACACAUCUCUCUCUACACCUGCAAUCCCAUCCCCUUCCUUUAUUUCUUGAACUUCUCUUUCUUGACGCCCACUGUUCUGCAAAUGCCCAUUUCCUCUAGUUUUGCUGCCAUGGCCAUCUAUGCUACUGAGGGUGUUGGACGAGCUCCGAGGGUUGAGAAGAAGGACAUGAUUGAAAGGCCUGAAACAUUAACAUCGGAGAAGAAGAAGGAGAAAAAGGAAGAAGAAGAAGAUAAGAAGAAAUCGAGACCAUCUGAGUCGCCAUGGUUUGCACCCGAGUUUGAUGGGCUUCAUUGUUUCGAGACUCUAGUUUCUCAUUAAUUUGCAUUUUUGUAAAAAAUUUUACUUCAAACAAUAUUCAAUUUUCAAUUUUCAA